AUGGAGGAUGGAAUGAUCACUGAUGUCCAGGUCAGUUCUUCUUCGCGAAUGGAUGACAACCAUUCUCCAAGUCAGGCCAGGUUGAAUUUUAAAGAAGUAGAAAAUAAGGCUGGGGGAUGGUCGGCUCAGCCAAACGACGAAAACCCAUGGUUACAGGUCGAUCUUGGCAGUUAUACUAGAGUGACGCGUGUGGCGACUCAAGGGUUGAAUGCCAAAGACGAAUGGGUGACCAAAUACAAGUUACAAUUUAGUGACGAUGGAAAAAACUUCCAGAAUUACAAGCAACAGGGUGACAACGAGUGGACGGAGCUGAAUGGGAAUAAAGGAAGUGAUACCAUUGUGUAUAACAAUCUGAAUCCUCCAACCACAGCAAGGUUUAUACGGUUUAUACCAAUCAGUUGGCACAAUAAUAUUUCCAUGAGAACAGAGAUCUUUGGCUGUCCAGCAUGUACGACUGCCCUUGGAAUGGAAAGUCAGACAAUAGAAGAUGCUCAGAUAAACAUGAGUGAUAAAGAGUGCGGAGGCCAGCCACGGUAA